ACCACUAAAAUAUUUGUGAUCGUUUGAAACAAAUUCUAUGUAGACUGAAACAAAAGACGAUAGUGUCAGCCAUUUUGUGUAAAGUGAUUUUAAGUAAAAGUUUGAAAGCAUUUAAUCGACCAGUCUUCGGUUAAUUGAUAAAUUUCAGGUAAUUAUAUAAGUAAUAAUUGAAAUUUGUAAAAAAUGAGUGCUCAAAAUACUAGCACAGUGGCAGCUCAGCAAUCAGGUCAAUCACCUGCACUGUUACCGAAUCCACCAGGACCCAAUAUUACAACAAUGCCUCAUAUGUGGAUGUAUCCCACGAAUAAUUUCAUGUACCCGUACCAUGCGGGGUAUACACAUCCAAGCUAUCACUAUUAUGCCUAUUUCAAUCAAAUGCAAAAUCAGGCAACUUCUAGUACCCCGGCCACAAAUAACGCUCCUCCUGGAUUCAGUAAUAAUGUUGUUAAAGAGAAUGAUAAAAAGUCGGAAGAACUUCCACCGUUACCGCCGGGGCCUCCGCCUCCGCUUAACAAUUCUGUUGGAAAUUUGUUGCAACGACCUGCAUUCUUUAAUUCAACUUCACCUCAAUUGUCCAAACAAUCUCCGAGUCAAUUCGGUCCAAUACGGUUCAACAUAAAUAAUAAUAAACGCGGUUUCGGUUUUGCUCAGACAAAUUCACCUAACAUUACAGUUGAUCCUCCA